GGGGGAAUAAAAAAGACCGUCCCCCAGCGCCUCACUCCCGACUGCGCAGGCGCCACAGCACGAACAAUAUCGGGGAGCGCGGCGACCACCCACGUGCUGCUCCGGGGGAGGCUUGUGCUGGUGGCGGCCCGAGGCGCUUGGCCGGGCUGGCGGGGCCGGGGGCUCAAGGUCAGGAGGGCCCAGCGCCCCGGGCCAUGUCGGCGCCGUCCAUGGAGGAGCGGCGGGCGUGCUGGGGCGCCCGGGACCAGUACUGGAAGUGCCUGGACGAGCAGGCGGAGGACGCCGCCGAGUGUCGCCGGAUCCGCCUGGACUUCGAGGCCCGCUGCCCGCUGCAGUGGGUUAAACAUUUUGACAAGAGAAGAGACUUUUUAAAAUACAAAGAACAGCUUCAAGCAGGACAAUAUCUGCCUCCAAAGACAACUGAAAAGACAUAGCUACUCACACUUAAGAAACAUAACCAAUGAGAGAAUAACCUCACGGAAGAGAGAAGCACUGGAAUGGGACAGAAGCUGCUUGAGUGGUGAUCUAAGCUGUCCCUGAAAAUUCAGGUUGCUUUCCUAGAUGCAGCAUCUCACUUAUGCAAAACAGGGGAGGGGGUACAUGUAAAAAAAAAUUGGUAUGUAGUUUCCAAAUGUAAAACAAAAUAAAAGUUCUUCCUGUGUAAACAUGA